AUGCCGUCCACCUCCCCCUCAAUCACAUCCACGGCCGGAUCAACUGUUUCUGGAGGCUCUGAAGGAACGACAGUCAGCUCUGCAUCGAGUAGCCCCAUCCCGUCCACCUCCCCCUCAAUCACAUCCACGGCCGGAUCAACUGUUACUGGAGGCUCUGAAGGUACGACAGUAAGCUCUGCAUCGAGUAGCCCCAUCCCGUCCACCUCCCCCUCAAUCACAUCCACGGCCGGAUCAACUGUUUCUGGAGGCUCUGAAGGAACGACAGUCAGCUCUGCAUCGAGUAGCCCCAUCCCGUCCACCUCCCCUCAAUCACAUCCACGGCCGGAUCAACUGUUACUGGAGGCUCUGAAGGAACGACAGUAAGCUCUGCAUCGAGUAGCCCCAUCCCGUCCACCUCCCCCUCAAUCACAUCCACGGCCGGAUCAACUGUUUCUGGAGGUUCUGAAGGUACGACAGUAAGCUCUGCAUCGAGUAGCCCCAUCCCGUCCACCUCCCCUCAAUCACAUCCACGGCCGGAUCAACUGUUACUGGAGGCUCUGAAGGAACGACAGUAAGCUCUGCAUCGAGUAGCCCCAUCCCGUCCACCUCCCCUCAAUCACAUCCACGGCCGGAUCAACUGUUUCUGGAGGCUCUGAAGGAACGACAGUCAGCUCUGCAUCGAGUAGCCCCAUCCCGUCCACCUCCCCUCAAUCACAUCCACGGCCGGAUCAACUGUUACUGGAGGCUCUGAAGGUACGACAGUAAGCUCUGCAUCGAGUAGCCCCAUCCCGUCCACCUCCCCUCAAUCACAUCCACGGCCGGAUCAACUGUUUCUGGAGGUUCUGAAGGUACGACAGUAAGCUCUGCAUCGAGUAGCCCCAUCCCGUCCCCCUCCCCUCAAUCACAUCCACGGCCGGAUCAACUGUUUCUGGAGGCUCUGAAGGAACGACAGUCAGCUCUGCAUCGAGUAGCCCCAUCCCGUCCACCUCCCCUCAAUCACAUCCACGGCCGGAUCAACUGUUUCUGGAGGCUCUGAAGGAACAACAGUCAGCUCUGCAUCGAGUAGCCCCAUCCCAUCCCCCUCCCCUCAAUCACAUCCACGGCCGGAUCAACUGUUACUGGAGGCUCUGAAAGAACAACAGUCAGCUCUGCAUCGAGUAGCCCCAUCCCAUCCCCCUCCCCUCAAUCACAUCCACGGCCGGAUCAACUGUUUCUGGAGGCUCUGAAGGAACGACAGUCAGCUCUGCAUCGAGUAGCCCCAUGCCGUCCACCUCCCCUCAAUCACAUCCACGGCCGGAUCAACUGUUUCUGGAGGCUCUGAAGGAACAACAGUCAGCUCUGCAUCGAGUAGCCCCAUGCCGUCCACCUCCCCUCAAUCACAUCCACGGCCGGAUCAACUGUUACUGGAGGCUCUGAAGGUACGACAGUCAGCUCUGCAUCGAGUAGCCCCAUGCCGUCCACCUCCCCUCAAUCACAUCCACGGCCGGAUCAACUGUUACUGGAGGCUCUGAAGGUACGACAGUCAGCUCUGCAUCGAGUAGCCCCAUCCCGUCCCCCUCCCCCUCAAUCACAUCCACGGCCGGAUCAAAUGUUUCUGGAGGCUCUGAAGGAACGACAGUCAGCUCUGCAUCGAGUAGCCCCAUGCCGUCCACCUCCCCCUCAAUUACAUCCACGGCCGGAUCAACUGUUUCUGGAGGUUCUGAAGGUACAACAGUAAGCUCUGCAUCGAGUAGCCCCAUCCCGUCCACCUCCCCCUCAUUCACUUCCACGAUCGGAUCAACUGUUUCUGGAGGUUCUGAAGGUACGACAGUAAGCUCUGCAUCGAGUAGCCCCAUCCCGUCCACCUCCCCCUCAUUCACUUCCACGAUCGGAUCAACUGUUUCUGGAGGCUCUGAAGGUACGACAGUAAGCUCUGCAUCGAGUAGCCCCUUCCCGUCCACCUCCCCCUCAUUCACUUCCACGAUCGGAUCAACUGUUUCUGGAGGCUCUGAAGGUACGACAGUAAGCUCUGCAUCGAGUAGCCCCAUCCCGUCCACCUCUCCCUCAUUCACUUCCACGAUCGGAUCAACUGUUUCUGGAGGCUCUGAAGGUACGACAGUAAGCUCUGCAUCGAGUAGCCCCAUCCCGUCCACCUCCCCCUCAUUCACUUCCACGAUCGGAUCAACUGUUUCUGGAGGCUCUGAAGGUACGACAGUAAGCUCUGCAUCGAGUAGCCCCAUCCCGUCCACCUCCCCCUCAUUCACUUCCACGAUCGGAUCAACUGUUUCUGGAGGCUCUGAAGGUACGACAGUAAGCUCUGCAUCGAGUAGCCCCAUCCCGUCCACCUCCCCUCAUUCACUUCCACGAUCGGAUCAACUGUUUCUGGAGGCUCUGAAGGUACGACAGUAAGCUCUGCAUCGAGUAGCCCCAUCCCGUCCACCUCCCCUCAUUCACUUCCACGAUCGGAUCAACUGUUUCUGGAGGCUCUGAAGGUACGACAGUAAGCUCUGCAUCGAGUAGCCCCAUCCCGUCCACCUCCCCCUCAUUCACUUCCACGAUCGGAUCAACUGUUACUGGAGGCUCUGAAGGAACGACAGUCAGCUCUGCAUCGAGUAGCCCCAUCCCGUCCCCCUCCCCUCAAUCACAUCCACGGCCGGAUCAACUGUUUCUGGAGGUUCUGAAGGUACGACAGUAAGCUCUGCAUCGAGUAGCCCCAUCCCGUCCACCUCCCCCUCAUUCACUUCCACGAUCGGAUCAACUGUUUCUGGAGGUUCUGAAGGUACGACAGUAAGCUCUGCAUCGAGUAGCCCCAUCCCGUCCACCUCCCCCUCAUUCACUUCCACGAUCGGAUCAACUGUUUCUGGAGGCUCUGAAGGUACGACAGUAAGCUCUGCAUCGAGUAGCCCCAUCCCGUCCACCUCCCCCUCAUUCACUUCCACGAUCGGAUCAACUGUUUCUGGAGGUUCUGAAGGUACGACAGUAAGCUCUGCAUCGAGUAGCCCCAUCCCGUCCACCUCCCCCUCAUUCACUUCCACGAUCGGAUCAACUGUUUCUGGAGGCUCUGAAGGUACGACAGUAAGCUCUGCAUCGAGUAGCCCCAUCCCGUCCACCUCCCCCUCAUUCACUUCCACGAUCGGAUCAACUGUUUCUGGAGGCUCUGAAGGUACGACAGUAAGCUCUGCAUCGAGUAGCCCCUUCCCGUCCACCUCCCCCUCAAUUACAUCCACGGCCGGAUCAACUGUUUCUGGAGGUUCUGAAGGUACAACAGUAAGCUCUGCAUCGAGUAGCCCCAUCCCGUCCACCUCCCCUCAUUCACUUCCACGAUCGGAUCAACUGUUUCUGGAGGCUCUGAAGGUACGACAGUAAGCUCUGCAUCGAGUAGCCCCAUCCCGUCCACCUCCCCUCAUUCACUUCCACGAUCGGAUCAACUGUUUCUGGAGGCUCUGAAGGUACGACAGUAAGCUCUGCAUCGAGUAGCCCCAUCCCGUCCACCUCCCCUCAUUCACUUCCACGAUCGGAUCAACUGUUUCUGGAGGCUCUGAAGGUACGACAGUAAGCUCUGCAUCGAGUAGCCCCAUCCCGUCCACCUCCCCUCAUUCACUUCCACGAUCGGAUCAACUGUUUCUGGAGGUUCUGAAGGUACGACAGUAAGCUCUGCAUCGAGUAGCCCCAUCCCGUCCACCUCCCCUCAUUCACUUCCACGAUCGGAUCAACUGUUUCUGGAGGCUCUGAAGGUACGACAGUAAGCUCUGCAUCGAGUAGCCCCAUCCCGUCCACCUCCCCCUCAUUCACUUCCACGAUCGGAUCAACUGUUUCUGGAGGUUCUGAAGGUACGACAGUAAGCUCUGCAUCGAGUAGCCCCAUCCCGUCCACCUCCCCCUCAUUCACUUCCACGAUCGGAUCAACUGUUUCUGGAGGCUCUGAAGGUACGACAGUAAGCUCUGCAUCGAGUAGCCCCAUCCCGUCCACCUCCCCCUCAAUCACAUCCACGGCCGGAUCAACUGUUUCUGGAGGUUCUGAAGGUACGACAGUAAGCUCUGCAUCGAGUAGCCCCAUCCCGUCCACCUCCCCUCAUUCACUUCCACGAUCGGAUCAACUGUUUCUGGAGGUUCUGAAGGUACGACAGUAAGCUCUGCAUCGAGUAGCCCCAUCCCGUCCACCUCCCCCUCAUUCACUUCCACGAUCGGAUCAACUGUUUCUGGAGGUUCUGAAGGUACGACAGUAAGCUCUGCAUCGAGUAGCCCCAUCCCGUCCACCUCCCCCUCAAUCACAUCCACGGCCGGAUCAACUGUUUCUGGAGGUUCUGAAGGUACGACAGUAAGCUCUGCAUCGAGUAGCCCCAUCCCGUCCACCUCCCCCUCAUUCACUUCCACGAUCGGAUCAACUGUUUCUGGAGGUUCUGAAGGUACGACAGUAAGCUCUGCAUCGAGUAGCCCCAUCCCGUCCACCUCCCCUCAAUCACAUCCACGGCCGGAUCAACUGUUUCUGGAGGCUCUGAAGGUACGACAGUAAGCUCUGCAUCGAGUAGCCCCAUCCCGUCCACCUCCCCUCAUUCACUUCCACGAUCGGAUCAACUGUUUCUGGAGGCUCUGAAGGUACGACAGUAAGCUCUGCAUCGAGUAGCCCCAUCCCGUCCACCUCCCCUCAAUUACAUCCACGGCCGGAUCAACUGUUUCUGGAGGUUCUGAAGGUACGACAGUAAGCUCUGCAUCGAGUAGCCCCAUCCCGUCCACCUCCCCCUCAUUCACUUCCACGAUCGGAUCAACGGUUUCUAGAGGCUCUGAAGGUACGACAGUAAGCUCUGCAUCGAGUAGCCCCAUCCCGUCCACCUCCCCCUCAAUUACAUCCACGGCCGGAUCAACUGGUUCUGGAGGUUCUGAAGGUACGACAGUAAGCUCUGCAUCGAGUAGCCCCAUCCCGUCCACCUCCCCCUCAUUCACUUCCACGAUCGGAUCAACGGUUUCUAGAGGCUCUGAAGGUACGACAGUAAGCUCUGCAUCGAGUAGCCCCAUCCCGUCCACCUCCCCCUCAUUUACUUCCACGAUCGGAUCAACUGUUUCUGGAGGUUCUGAAGGUACGACAGUAAGCUCUGCAUCGAGUAGCCCCAUCCCGUCCACCUCCCCUCAUUCACUUCCACGAUCGGAUCAACUGUUUCUGGAGGUUCUGAAGGUACGACAGUAAGCUCUGCAUCGAGUAGCCCCAUCCCGUCCACCUCCCCCUCAUUCACUUCCACGAUCGGAUCAACUGUUUCUGGAGGUUCUGAAGGUACGACAGUAAGCUCUGCAUCGAGUAGCCCCAUCCCGUCCACCUCCCCCUCAAUUACAUCCACGGCCGGAUCAACUGUUUCUGGAGGUUCUGAAGGUACGACAGUAAGCUCUGCAUCGAGUAGCCCCAUCCCGUCCACCUCCCCCUCAUUCACUUCCACGAUCGGAUCAACUGUUUCUGGAGGUUCUGAAGGUACGACAGUAAGCUCUGCAUCGAGUAGCCCCAUCCCGUCCACCUCCCCUCAAUUACAUCCACGGCCGGAUCAACUGUUUCUGGAGGUUCUGAAGGUACAACAGUAAGCUCUGCAUCGAGUAGCCCCAUCCCGUCCACCUCCCCUCAAUCACAUCCACGGCCGGAUCAACUGUUUCUGGAGGUUCUGAAGGUACGACAGUAAGCUCUGCAUCGAGUAGCCCCAUCCCGUCCACCUCCCCCUCAUUCACUUCCACGAUCGGAUCAACGGUUUCUAGAGGCUCUGAAGGAACGACAGUCAGCUCUGCAUCGAGUAGCCCCAUCCCGUCCACCUCCCCCUCAAUCACAUCCACGGCCGGAUCAACUGUUUCUGGAGGUUCUGAAGGUACGACAGUAAGCUCUGCAUCGAGUAGCCCCAUCCCGUCCACCUCCCCCUCAAUUACAUCCACGGCCGGAUCAACUGUUUCUGGAGGUUCUGAAGGUACGACAGUAAGCUCUGCAUCGAGUAGCCCCAUCCCGUCCACCUCCCCCUCAUUCACUUCCACGAUCGGAUCAACGGUUUCUAGAGGCUCUGAAGGUACGACAGUCAGCUCUGCAUCGAGCAGUCUAUCUUCAUCCUCUUCCCCAGUCCCCUCUUCCACUGGUGGUUUUACGAUAACCUAUUUUUCCGAUUCCACCAGUAGCCAUUCAACUGGUGUUUCAUCAACUCAUUUUAUAAUCAGUUCGACGUUGAGCUCCAGUAAGUUUCUGCUCACACAGCCUAGAAUACUUGUAAAUGAAGCUGAUUUGAAGAUUUUUCUGGUCAUCUUGUUUGUAAGCGAUAACACGAUUUAAUUUUUUGUUCAGUUGAUUCUCUAGAGAACUGUUGCUAACUUACUCACUUCACCUGGAAGCAAACUGUUAGGGCCUAAGUGAAUGCGCAAUAUAUACUUUUUGCUCAUCAACUAUUUGUGCCGUUUUCAGUAGAAAAGCAGUAACUUCUCAUCAGUGAUCUUCUGCCUUCAAAUCGUCUUUACUUCUAUGUGUCACCUUAAUCCAGAAACUUCUCCUAUUCCCCAACAAUAUUCGCAAGGACAGGACUUGAAUUUUUCUCUUCAUAGACUUAGUUUAUAAAACUCCGUGAUAAAAAAUCGUCUUCGAAGUGUUCAAGCUCUCCGAAGCAAAACAAGACAACUUCACCCUUCCCCAUUUCCCUCAUUUUACCCGUCUGUCUUUACUUUUCUGUGGAAAAAUAUUUGCGAGGUGGGCAAGCAGAGUCAGAAUUACAUCGUUGUUCUGUUAACUGCUGCCUAAUUGUUAUUUCUUUCAGGUACAUCAGUUCCCACUACCACUGCUUCGAGUGAGCUCACAUAAGUAUGAUAUAAAAACGAUUUUGUAUUGUUUAGGACCGAAUGUUACAUGCCUGAUGAUGUUCGAUGCACAAUCGUCUGGUAUUACAUCAGAAGCGGUGUCAACUUACCGAACUGUAAUAUUUCGAACUUUCGUAAUCUUUCCAACUUCACUCUCAAUGAUUUUUUUUUCCAGUAUUUCAAUUUUGCUUUGAAAAUUGGUAACAAAUUGGCCGCUGUUGCUGAUUUCUCGGGGUACAUUGCUAACUUUGGUUACGGACCACCAGAUGAUGACCAUAAAAAUUACGUGCCUUACUCGUUAGAUGAGUUCAACAGCAUUCCGUAUUCAAUUACUACGGAUGAUGACGAUAUUGGUUUGGAUUUGAAAGAGUAGGUUUUUCUGAUGAAAAUGUUAAAGAAAGGUUUGUCUCAGUGUGGAUGCCAGCUUGGAAACAGCCGUUUGGGUUCCUCCAGUCAAAGAUCAAACUUGUUUGGUUUUUAUUUCUGCAGCGUGAGUUAUUUGCUCGAAGAGACGAAGAGAAAUGAAAAUUUUCAGCGAAAGCGAUGCCUAUGGUGGUACGACACUCCAAACCAACUAUACCAAUUUUGUCACCGUUGUCGGAGCAUUAGUUGGAGGUAAUUCAAGCUGCUCCGUACAGUGCCCCCAAUAAAUUUAGAAACCCCUUAAUUUCAAACUUUCUGGAAAAACUAAAGGAGAUAUUAAAAAUCUGUGAAUAACAUUUGAUUUGGCAUUCAAAAUAACCUCAGGGGUCAAUUUGUGCUGAUCUGAAAAUGGAACUCUCGUGCCAUUAAAUAAUUGUUUUUCGGCUAUCUAAUAAGCUUACUUUAGGACCCCUCAAAAAUAGAACUAUUUUUUGAAAAAUGGCAAGCUGAAAGUUGAAAUCUGUUGCAUAAUGCUAAAGCUUGGAAAAAAUACUUAAAUUUUCAGGAGCGACAAGCAUACCAGGACUCACAAAUGUCGUCGCUGCUUCCACUUUGACGGAUGAUGAUGCUCAAGCUGUUGUCGAUCUGAUUCUAAAGAAUCUUCCCUCAUCUGGUUUCUAA